AUGGCAGAAGAAGGUAUAUUUUGUGAUCUCCUGGAAAUCCUGAUAAGUGCCUCAAGUGAAAUUGAGCAGGCCUGCAAGGACUCCAAUGAAUUGGUAGAUUUAGACACCUGCCUGCUGCUCAUAGCAGAGUGUUUCAGAUGUCUGAGGAAUGCCUGUGUUGAGUGUGCCAAGAAUCAACAUGUCAUGAGGAACUUGGGUCUCAUCUCUACGUCUGUCCAUUUGAUCAAAUUGCUUCAUGGUAUACAAAUGAAAGAAGAAUCGUUAUUGACUGCCCUUCGUUGUAGCCUCCAGUUUCUUGGAAACAUUGCUGCAGGAAACAGAGAUUCCCAGAAUAGCAUUUGGAAGUGUGCUUUCCCAGAUCUCUUCUUGACAUGCCUAACGUACAAUGAUGAGAAGAUUGUUGCCUAUUGUUGUAUGAUCCUGUUCACGUGUCUUAACUCAGAGAAAGUGAGAGAACUGCUAGAUCCUGGGAAUCUGACUGUGGCUUUUCAUGUCCUUAAAGUCUACAAAGAGCAGUUGGAGUCUGAUUGGUCGUUCUUGAUUGUUACAGACCAUUUGCUGAAAUGUCCAGAGUUGGUAAAAGCCCUCUAUGCCAAACUGAGCAAUCAAGAAAGGGUUACUUUGUUAGAACUGAUAAUGGUGAAUGUACGUGAGAAGAACCCAGUUACCAGUGAAGAAGUUAAUGUGUUGAUGAGACAUGCUGACUUCCUUGCAGGCUGUUUCCAAGAGAAAUGUGAAGCUGUGCUCAAGUUAACUUGUGCAGCGGAUGCUGAAGAUGAGGAAGCACUGGUUACAAUUCGUCUUCUUGACGUUCUUUGUGAAAUGACAUCAAACAAUGGACAGCUAGAACAUCUACAGUCUUUGCCUGGUUUGCUUAAAGCGGCCAUAGAUACCCUGAGAUUGACUCGUCUUGCUGGGAAACAGGCUAUAAAUAUUUUCACUGCCACACAUGCUAUGACAGGGCAGGAAGAAAUUUCACAUCCAGCUGUGGGUUUUAAAUCUCACCUAAUUCGUUUAAUUGGAAAUUUGUGUUACAAAAAUAAGAAAAACCAAGACAAGGUCUAUGAGUUAGAUGGCAUCCCCUUGAUCCUGGACAACUGCAGCAUUGAUGACAACAAUCCUUUUGUGAGCCAGUGGGCAGUAUAUGCUAUCCGAAAUCUCACUGAACAGAAUGAGAGAAACCAAGAGCUUAUUGCACAGAUGGAGGAGAAGGGGCUGGCAGACAAUUCUGCUCUUGAGAGCAUGGGUUUAGAGAUAGAGAAACGAGAUGACAAGUUAAUUCUGAGAUCUGUCAGGAAAAAGCCUUCCUGA